AUGCUGGAAGCACGUGCUGGAGCCCUCUGCUCCAUUCAAGCUUUUCUUGAAUAUUGCUCUCCUGGGCUUGUCACCGAGGAAACAGUUCGUCGCCUUUUACCUCCAAUUGAGUCGGCCCUCAAUAUGCUGGCUCAUUUACCAGACAUCUGUCGAAUCUAUGGAACCCAUUUGAAAGCUGCAUCCGUACUCAUUAGGCUUAGAUUGUAUCGCUGUCUUCUAUUGCUGCCUCGUUCCGCCUACUCUGCUGCUUUAUUGUGA